AUGGCUCGGCCCCGUGCUCAACCUGACGGAACGGGACACAUGUUUGCUGCCGCGACGGACACUAGCAUCCACGGCGGGAAUUUCGUCUCUGCUAAGGAUUAUUAUGACAAGGUCACCAACAACCACGGUCCACAAGUCACCACCAACAACUACGGUGUAAACUAUCGCGACUAUCGAGGUAGUGCUGCCCGAGCUAUCUACAACGACAAUGCGCGGCACAGCGUAUCAUAUUAUGGACCUGGGAGCGCGGCCGGGCCCGAAAUCACCUACAACGUUAAUUACAAUGGACCAUCGAACUCGUUGCCUCCAUCCGGGAGUGACCUCGAUGCCUUCGUACAAGAGACUUUGCGCAAGGCUGGGCUACAAAAUUACAACACUGGUACUUGGCAACCACCUGCAGGUCAACAUCCACCUACGAGCCAACACCCACCUGCGAGCCAAUAUCCGCCUACGAGCCACUAUCCACCUGAGAGCCAACAUCUGAAUCCACCUCCAAGUCAGCAUCCUCCUGCGGGCCAAUAUCCAAAUGUGCAUCAACACCCUGCAGGGCCUCCACCCCCAGAGUGGUGGCAGCCUCCACCUCACCCAGAGGAAAGCGUUUAUGAAUACGAUUCAAGCCCUAACAGGCCCCAUCCUCCAAGGCGACGGACUCAUGGGCAGCACGAACGCCCGAAUUCAUACGAGCACCCCACUGGCCACGGAUACGAGCCUUAUCCCCACCCUCCUCGCAACGCAGCAGCACCACGAGACUUCCCGCCCGACCCCAGUUGGAACAGAGGGCACCAUGAUGAGGACAUGGAUUGGGAGCCCGAGCCAGACUAUCCUCCGAGGUUUCACCACGCUGAGGAAACGAGAAUCCGCAUGUCCCAGAAUAUUGACAUGACGUCUCGACGAGACGAGACUCGUUCAGGCUACCCUCGAAGCAACUCUGCUUCCCCAUCGCCUGUGCCCAAGUUCAAGAGCAACAAUCCUUUCAGGAACUUGAAUAUGGCCGUGAAUCAAAAAGCUGAGAUCCACGCGCACGUUCCAUUCGAGGGUCCUUGGCCACCGCAAUCUCGAUGA